AUGCCCAUCCCCCUCGUGAAAGAGGGUGUACGCCACGGGAUACAGUCAAAUUACUGUAGUAUUAUUAUCGAGCUGUGGCUCGCAACAUCGAUUUGGUGCGACGUCACUACUACUUCUUUUCGGACUGCUAGAGGCGCUGAGGGAAGUCUUGUCUCGAUCUCCAACGAGCUGGACGCUUUGUUGAUGGCAAUUAACUUCAAAAUGAUGACCUUGGGAGAUUUGUUUGGUCAAGAUGAAGAAGAUGAUGAAAAUGGGGUCCUCAAAAGACUAAAACAGCUCGCCGAAGAAAGUUUGUCUGAUGGAUGGAAAGACUGGCAAGUAGCUAUUUCAAAUCGGGAGGAUGACAUUGAUCCCCAAGUUUUAAAUAAAGUACGUUUUGCCCUUCCUACGGUCGGCAUUGCUUGA